GUGACAUCUAGCAACGCACGGCAGCGGGUUUACAAACCAGACGCGGGAAGAAUGAUGCCACCUAGCGUUUCUUUGGUUAAGUAUGACACUCCCAUACUGGUUACCAAAAACCUGGAUAAAAAAUCCCCUAAAGCAAAGUCACUAAAAGGAAUACAACAGAUAGAUGAAUGCGCUGCGAUUCCAUGUCCCCCGGGCAAAGGUAAGACAGGAGGUGCAAUUAGUGAGAAAGCCAGUCAACAGACAGAAGAGAUACUUAAUUCAAUAUUACCUCCCAGGGAAUGGACAGAGAAUGGUCAAUUGUGGAUCCAAAACGUGUCUAGCACACCGGCCACGAGAUUGGAUGUAGUCAAUCUGCAAGAGGAGUUAGACAGGAGAUUGCAGCAAAGACAAGCUCGUGAAACAGGCAUCUGUCCAGUCCGUAGGGAACUGUAUAAUCAAGUUUUCGAUGAACUUAUCCGUCAAGUAACGAUUAACUGUGCGGAGCGGGGACUUUUGUUACUUCGAGUGAGGGAUGAAAUACGUAUGACUAUUGCAGCAUACCAAACGUUGUAUGAAUCAAGCGUGGCUUUUGGUAUGCGUAAAGCCCUUCAGGCCGAACAAGGAAGAGCUGAUAUGGAAAAAAUGAUUGCAGAUUUGGAACAAGACAAAAGAGAUCUGGAGAGACAAGUGCAAGAGUUGAAGACAAAGUGUGAGCAUAUAGAAAAAAGAGCUGCAGAACAGCGACAAUUAGAAGAAAAGAAGCAUCAAGAUGAAAUUCAGUUUCUCAAACGAAACAACCAACAGUUAAAGGCCCAGCUGGAUGGAAUAAUGAACCCCAAGAAAUAAAGUAUGAACUAUUCCGACUCAUCCACAAACGACUGGGGACAAAGUGAAGGUUAGGAAGUCUGUUUAAACGAAAUGUCGUAAGAAAAGUCCAAAGUUAAAUUCAUGAAAUAAAUAUAUAUCUGCUUUGAAUGAUUUUCUUGAUUUUCGAAGCUUUCGCUUGAAAUAAAAGUGGUGUUAAAUUG